CUGUCGGGCGCUCGCAAGACGGUUCGCUUUCUUAUGUCCAUGGUAUUGUUACAUCGCAGCUGAUCAGAAAAAGAACAACAAUAAAAACAAUAAUAGCCGUGGAGGCAUAACAUAAUAAAAAGGGCCUGGCUGUUUUGCAUUUUAAAUCCGCGCUCUUGAAAAAAGUGUUGUUCUCCACUCGUGCAUGUUCAAAUCGGAGGAGUAUAUUAGAGCCGUGCGUCGGCCGGACGUGUAGUUUCAGCGCGAGCGGCAGCAGCACGAGACACAGGAGGCAUGAUUUUGAGACGAAGUUCAAUAUUUGCAGGAUUUUCCUUGUCUGUCUUUUUAUUAUGCUUGCGAAUCAAGGUGUCAGUGGCCUCGGGACACUUCGAGCUGCAGAUCGUGUCCAUGCAGAACACGAACGGCGAGCUGCAGAGCGGCGCGUGCUGCGGCGGCGGCGGCGGCGGCUCGCGGAGCAGCGUGGCGGAGCGGCGGUGCGCGCAGGGGGCGCACGGCGAGUGCCGCACUUUCUUCCGCGCGUGUCUUAAGGAGUACCAGUCGAGGGUUUCCGCGGCGGGGCCGUGCAGCUUCGGGGCGGGCUCCACGGCCGUGCUCGGCGGGAAUAGCUUUUCACUGAAGAACGCGAGGAGCGACAAGCCCAGGAUUGUUCUGCCUUUCAGCUUCGCGUGGCCGAGGUCAUACACCCUGAUUGUUGAGGCUUUGGAUUUCAACAAUGACAGCAGCACCAGUGGUGUUUCAGGGGAGAUCAUUGAGAAGGCUGUUCACUCUGGCAUGAUCAACCCGAACCGGCAAUGGCAGACCCUCAAGUACAAUGGACCAGUGGCCCAGUUCGAGUUUCAGAUCCGGGUCACCUGUGAUGAGCACUACUAUGGCUUCGGUUGCAACAAGUUCUGCCGACCGAGGGACGAGUUCUUUGGCCAUUACACCUGCGACCACAAUGGCAACAAGACCUGCCUAGAGGGGUGGACUGGACCCGACUGCAACACAGCAAUAUGCCGGCAGGGCUGCAGCGCAGAACACGGAUUCUGUAAAUCACCAGGGGAUUGCAAGUGCUUGUAUGGCUGGCAGGGGGAGUACUGCGACAAGUGCAUACCUCAUCCAGGCUGUGUGCACGGCACCUGUGUGGAGCCCUGGCAGUGCCUUUGUGACACCAACUGGGGUGGCCAGCUGUGCGACAAAGAUCUGAACUACUGCGGCACCCAUCAGCCUUGCCUAAAUGGUGGUACCUGCAGCAACACAGGGCCCGACAAGUAUCACUGUUCCUGCCCUGAGGGAUACUCCGGGGUCAGCUGUGAGAAGGCUGAGCGUGCCUGCAUGUCUGACCCCUGCUUUAAUGGAGGUAGCUGUGUGGAGACCAACCAUGGCUUUGAGUGCAAAUGCGUGCCUGGAUGGAGUGGCCCCUCCUGCUUGAUCAAUGUUGACGACUGCAACCCCAACAACCCCUGUGGUCAUGGGGGAAUCUGCCAUGACCUGGUCAAUGGGUUCAAGUGCAGCUGUCCUCCUCAGUGGACUGGCAAGACUUGCCUGAUUGAUGCCAAUGAGUGUGAUGGUCGCCCCUGUGUGAACGCCAACUCCUGCCGCAACCUGAUUGGUGGAUACUUCUGCGAAUGCAUCCCUGGCUGGAGGGGACAGAACUGCGAUAUCAAUAUUAAUGACUGUCAGGGACAGUGUCAAAACGGUGGAACUUGCAAGGAUUUGGUGAACGGCUACCACUGUGUGUGCCCUCCUGGCUAUUCAGGCGAGCACUGUGAGAAGGAUGUCAGCGAAUGUGCCAGCAACCCUUGUCUGAAUGGUGGUCGUUGUCAGGAUGAACCCAAUGGGUUCCACUGUCUUUGUCCGCCUGGCUUCUCUGGAAACCUCUGUCAGCUCAGUGUCGACUACUGUGAGCCAAAACCCUGUCAAAAUGGAGCUCAGUGUUUCAACCUUGCCACAGAGUACUUCUGCAAAUGCCCUGAGGACUAUGAGGGCAAGAACUGCUCCCAUCUGAAAGACCAUUGCCGCACAACACCUUGCCAAGUGAUUGAUAGCUGCACGGUAGCUGUGGCCUCCAACAACACACCGGAAGGUGUGCGAUACAUCUCCUCAAACGUGUGCGGCCCCCAUGGGCGUUGCCGAAGCCAGGCUGGGGGUCAGUUCACCUGUGAGUGCCAAGAGGGCUUCACUGGAACCUACUGUCAUGAAAACAUAAAUGACUGCGAAAGCAACCCCUGUCGGAAUGGUGGGACAUGCAUCGACAGAGUCAGUGUGUACCAGUGUAUCUGUUCAGAUGGUUGGGAAGGAGUUCACUGCGAGACCAAUAUCAACGACUGUAGCGUUAACCCCUGCCAAAACGAAGGUAGCUGUCGAGACCUGGUGAACGACUUCUACUGCGAGUGCACAAAUGGCUGGAAGGGGAAGACCUGUCACUCCAGGGUUAGCCAAUGUGACGAGGCAACCUGCAACAACGGGGGAACAUGCUACGACGAAGUAGAUACCUUUAAGUGCAUCUGUUCUCCUGGCUGGGAGGGAGCUACCUGCAAUAUCGCUAGUAACAGCAGCUGUCUGCCCAACCCUUGUGAGAAUGGAGCCACCUGCAUGGUUAAGGGUGACUCCUUCACCUGCAUCUGCAAGGAGGGCUGGGAGGGCGACACCUGUACCCAAAAUACUAAUGACUGCAGUCCACAUCCAUGCUACAACAGUGGGACCUGUGUGGAUGGCGAUAACUGGUACCGAUGUGAGUGUGCCUCUGGCUUCGCUGGCCCUGAUUGCCGGAUAAAUAUCAAUGAGUGUCAGUCUUCUCCUUGCGCUUUUGGCUCCACCUGUGUGGAUGAGAUCAAUGGCUACCGCUGUCUUUGUCCCCCAGGCAGAACUGGUCCCAGGUGUCAAGAAGUUACUGGAAGACCCUGCAUCGCCAAUGAGCGAGUCAUUGCUAAUGGAUCCAAAUGGGAUGUGGACUGUAACACAUGCUAUUGCCAAAAUGGGAGGGUCUCCUGCACCAAGAUGUGGUGUGGUCCCAAACCUUGCUAUUUCCAUGGGAAGGGACGCAGAGACUGUCCUGUCGGCCAGAGCUGCAUCCCCAUCAAAGAGGAGCAUUGUUUCGUGAAGCCUUGUCCUGGCCAGGGGGAAUGCUUGCCCCACGGCCCACCUCCGGCUCGUCCCAAAUGUCACCCAGGUUCAGGGCUCCCAGAGAGCAGCUGCGCCAACAUUACUUUCACCUUUAACAAGGAGACACUGCCUCAAGGUCUGACCAUUGAGCAGAUCUGCAGUGAAGUGAGAAACUUAUACAUCUUGAAGAACCUCUCUUCUGAAUAUUCUGUGUCCAUGGCUUGUGAACCAUCACCAUCUGCCAACAAUGAGAUCCAUGUAACUAUAUCAACAGAAGAGCAGAAGCCAGACAAGACCCCCAUCAAGGAAAUCACAGAUAAGAUUGUUGACCUCGUUAGCAAGCGCAGCGGGAACAACACCAUUAUCAUGGCGAUAGCAGAAGUGAGAGUACAGCGGAAGCAGACCCCUGACCCGCCUGUGAGCUAUCUGGUGCCCUUGCUGAGCUCCUUGUUCAUUGUGACGUGGGUUCUGGCAUUGAGCGCAGCUUUCCUGUGGUGCAUGCGCCGGCGGAGGAAGCAGAGCACACAUGGUGGGGCAAGCCAUGCUAUACCACCACCUGAAUGCAGCACUGCAAACAACGUGCGCGAGCAGCUCAACCAGAUCAAGAACCCCAUUGAAAAGCAUGUGCUGGGAGGUGUGCCAGGUGUAAGGGACCACAGUGACAAGAACAGCGUGGUUGCCAAGGCACAGGGCUACAAGCCUGAGCCAGAAGAUGAGAACGAUGAUGAUGGGGGGAAGAAACAUCCCCCAAAGGCCAUGUUUGCCAAACAACCGGCCUAUACCCUGGUGGACAGGGAGGACAAGGCAUCAAAAACUGCCCAACCCCGACAUCCAAACUGGAUAGACAAGCAAGACAACAGAGACUUGGAAACGGCACAGAGCUUAAACCGCAUGGAGUACAUCGUAUAGCAGAUAGCGGCCUCGCCUUGCAACAGGCCUACUUUUCUGUAGGCUGAGGGACUCGCAGUGUAGUUGAUAAGAAUUGUUGUCAUAUAUUUUUGACUGAGGUUGCUAUUUGCAUAGAAUCCCUGUGUUAAUUUAAGUUUUGACAAGCUGGCUUACACUGGCAGUGAUCGUUGCUGUGGUUGGCGGGAUGUAUCACGUGCUGCAUUUCACUGCUAUGCAAAACUAGUUUCACAUGCCCUUUUAUAAACCAAGAUGCUGAUGUACUUUUCUGGGUAUCUUUAAGAGUAUUUAAUUUUAUUUAAGUUUUGUUUCUUGUGUCGGACACUUUGACAAGUGCUGGUGAACCGUCAUGUGUUUUCUUAGGUAAGAAAACAAUCAAAGAAUGUAGCUAAGAAUUUUGAGUAUUUAUCUGGGCUCAAUAAGGUUGGUGGACAACUAGUUCUGUAUUAAAACGUGUAUUUGCAGCUCCAUACCACAGCAGCCAUCGAAAAGUUUAUUAUUUAUAAUUUUUAUGUUGGGGGGUAGGGUCAGGUUAAUGUCAGCAGUUGCUGCCAAUAUGAAGAAUUUAAGUGUCAAUUUAGACCACUGUAUAGUUAUGUAAAUAUUUUUUUUUAAUUAAUCAUUGUGUAUAUUUGAUUUAUUAACUUAAUAAUCAAGAGCUUAAGUAUCAUUCUUUUUUAUUUAUAUGUAAUGUUUAGAUCUGAAGGUUUUGAUGGCUUUGUGAGCUUACAGCAUCUUUUUUAAUGAAAUGUCUCAUGUUUCAUAAAUGCCAAAAUUUGAAGUGUUUUUAAAAGACAUUUUAUUUUUUAACAAUAGGCAUUUUUGUGCCAGGGUUGGGGGGUCUAAUGUCAGUUGUUUAAAACCAUUUCAGUUACAUCACAUUUUGAAAGUACUGAAGGCAUGUAAGAGAAUAAUUUUGUUAUUUUGGGUUUCAGAAAGCAAAGACAAACGCAUUUGCUUGCCCCAAAAAAUAAUGUCUAAGAGAACAAACUAUUGCUUUAUGCAUGUAAAACUUCUAAUCAAAGGAGUUAGGAACAGAAUAAUGUUUCGUCCAGUUAUCGCAUGUAAAACAAUCCCCCUACUUUUUGAUAAAUUAUUUGAUUUUCUCAGGUUUUUGACUUGCAUAUUUUUUGACAGCAACUUACAGAUUCAAGUUUUAACUAACUUUUAAAAUUUUCAGUGGUCAAGUUCAGUACUUUUAUUUCUUUAUUUUUAUCCUUAUUUCCCUCAGUGGAAGAGUUAGGGCUGAGAUGCGUUCUUAAUAUGAGCUUUGAGGCUUUUAGUUUUUUUUCAGAUCAACAUUACAGGUGGCCUUUGGAUUGUUAAAUUAAUGCUUUCAAAAACCCAUAAAUGGAAGAUUAUUAUUGGUAAACAGAAACCCUGCCUUGUACUUAUUAGCAUAAUGUGAUAAGCUAGAUUAUGAAUACUUGAACAGAAAGAGGGGCCCUUGGGAACACUGUAGAACUGCAAACAGAUACACUGCCUUGCAAAAAUGGGACUCUGCUUUUGCUGUGCACAUUUUUAAGGCUCUUAAAAACAUGUUAAUCUCAGCUGUUAACUCAAGAUCACAGAGAUACUUCACAUACUUUGACUUUAGUGUUAACUUGAGGAUGAAUCUUUUUUUGAGGUGUUGUUC